CUUAUGGUCUUCCCGUGUGUACUUGUGUCAGUUAAUAUUUUGAAUGAUUUUCAGUGUCUGUUAGUCCAUUUAUUGUUUCCUAUUUAAGUUUAAGUUUCUGCAGUUUUUUUGUUGUUGUUAUUACUUUUGAAAUAAUACAGCACCCUCAUUUUUGAGAUGCUGUGUUUACCUCGACUUGGCUAAGUAGGAGCAUGUCAGGAACACGUGUGUUAUAUCGAAGAAUCGUCUGCGAGGUUCUUAAGUUGUCAUGAAUUCUGUGGUCAACGUUUAUUUUUACGUUAUUCAUUUAAGAAAUCGUACAAUGUAACUAUAAUAGUGAUAAUGUACUGAAGUCUUUAUUUUGUUCGACGUUAUUGAACUUUCUCUUUAUUACAAAAAAAAGUGUCAUUUGACCCCAAUUUUGUUUUUAUUUGGAAAAAUAAUGCAUUUUUUCCAAAAAUACCUUCUGCCUAAAUUCAGAUUAAUAUUGUGACAGUGUGUUGAAGAAUGGGGAAGAGAAGAACACGCCAACAGUCUUCUAACGGAGUUGUGAAUGAGGAUUCUUCAGAAUCAGAUGGAGGCCAAAAUUCUGACAAAUCGCUAACUGCUGUUAAAGUAUGUCAACAUGCUGGAAAAUCAAUUGAGCAAAACCAAGUUAAAAAGAAUAUUCAUUUGGAAGAUAUAGAAAAUAAUAAUUUCUGCCUUAUUUGCAGUAAACAAGGACAAUCAAUAAAGGGAGAGGAUGUUUGGGUAUGUUUGCGCUGUGGUGCCAAAGCUUGUUCCUUAGACCAUUCUCAACGUCACAAUGAAAUACCUCAUUCUGAUUCUCAUGCUCUGUCAUUAAAAUUGUCGGAUAAGACAGUUUGGUGUCAUUUAUGCAAAAGUGAGAUCCCUGCCUCUUCCAAUAAAAAAUUAAAAGGAUGUGUUAAUAAUGUUGAAAACAUGUAUGAGAAGUAUCUUCAGGGACCAACUCCACCACAAAAAAAUGGAGCAACAAAAAUGGAAGCAAUCAAUGAAGAGGAAAAAGAAAAUAAAGUGCUCGAAGCCAUUCCUCUUCUUCCUCCAAAAAUAAGGACUCCUCCUCCGUAUGGUUCACCAGUUAGGGGUCUAGCAAAUUUGGGAAACACAUGCUACUUCAAUUCUGUUAUUCAGUGCUUAGCACAAACUCCUAACCUCACUAAAACAUUAAAAGAAAUGGAAAUAUCAGAUAAAGAAGUAAAUAUUCAUCUGAAAAGUGGCAGAACUCUCUCAGGUACACUAGAGAAGUGGGAUGCUCUAUGUGAGUCGCUAUGUGAAACCCUUUGUGAAGUGAAAGCAGGAGGCUCGACCUAUGUACCACAGAAGCUGCUAUCACUCCUGAGGAAAAGGGUACCUCAGUUCAGAGGCAGUGAUCAACAUGACUCUCACGAACUGCUCCGUCAUCUCCUUGACUCUGUCAGGGGCCAGGAUCUCAAGAGAUAUAGAAGACUGAUGCUUAAUGAACUUGGACUUAAUGGUCUAGAAAAUACAGAAAAAGUAGAUGCCGAGAAAACAAAAGAACUUAAACAAUUAGAUCGAGAGGUAACUGACACUAUAAUGCUGAUACCUGAUCAAGUCUUCCGUGGGUUUCUUGUGAGCAGGCUUGAAUGUCAAGAAUGCCAUCAUUCUUCUGAGUGCGUCGAAUCCUUCCUUGACUUUUCCUUACCUGUAACUUCAGAGAAGCCACAGCCACCAUCUCUUAGGCGGAAAGGAUGUGGUGGUUCUGAAGAUAAAAGUGGAAGCUCAGUUAUGUCAAAGCAUCAAUUGAAGAAAGAAAGGAAAAUGGAAAGGAAAAAGAAUCGUGGAAAACAUCAUAACCAACCUCAAACGAAGAAGAUCCAAGGGCCAACGAUGGGACAAGGAGAAUCUAUUCUUCCUAUUUCUGAGAAAGGUGAAAGUGAUGUUGACGGUGAUGUAGAAAGUGAAGGCAGUGAUAGGAAGUUUGGGACAGGAGAAGGGGAGUUGAAGAAUACUAACAACAUUCCUAAUGACUCAGGGUCUGCUCCUGAUAGCCCCAAAUUGAUGCGAAGGACCAAAAUGGAUCUCGGUAUCGACUACACUAAGUUUCCCCUCUGCAAUGGUCUUCCAGAUAUUUCAAAACUCGGUUUAAGUGAUCCUUCUCAACCUGAAUUGAAGACAAUUGUGAGAGAUGCUGCUACCAUUGUUAAAGAGGACCCGAUGUGGGAGUCGCGAUUAAGAGAGGAUAAUGACCUUUCCUUGGAAGCAGCUGAGGAGGAAAACAAAGAAGUUAAACCUGCUGAAUCUUCAGAUGAUCUAGGGAGAAUAUCUGAAGAGGCUGAUGAACCAAGUGAGGAAGAGGACGUACUGGUGGGGAGCCUGUUUGACGAAGUGAACUGCACGGACUCUUCAGGAGAAUGCUCCAUACAGACUUGCCUAGCACAGUUUACUGGCAUUGAACUGAUGACUGGUAGUAAUAAAGUCGGCUGUGAGCAGUGUACUGCACGGGCCAAUAAAGGCAACAAAGAAGGAAAGACAGUCUACACUAUGUCUACUAAACAGUUUCUCAUAGCGGAAGCACCACCUGUCUUGAUCCUUCACCUCAAGAGGUUUCAAGUACAGAUGUCAUCGUUCAGGAAGCUCAACAGGCACGUUUCGUUCCCGCUGGAACUGGACCUUAGUCCGUUCUGCAAGGAUGAUCUUAGAAAGAAAAAUCCAAAGAAACUUGUAUAUAGCCUAUUCGGAAUUGUAGAACACAGUGGAACUUUCAAUGGAGGCCAUUAUGUUGCCUAUGUUAAGGUUGACAGUGGCCAGUGGUUCUGUAUUAGUGAUUCCCAUGUCACCGAAGUUAAAGAAACCAGAGUUUUUCAAGCCCAGGCGUACCUUCUGUUCUACAAAUCUGUAUAGUGUAUUAACUGAAUAAAUAUAAUAAACGUGGUGCAUUAUUUAUGUAUAUUUAAAUUCAAUUGUAUAAUAAUCGAAAAAUGUCGUACUUUUGAUCAUUGGAAAACAAUUUUGAUAUCAGUUUAUUACCAACCUUGUAGAUAUAUAAGAUAUUUAAUAAUUUAACUUUAUUUCCUUUUUACUUUUUUUUUUGUGAGUGUUUUUC